AUGAUGGUCCCUCCGGCGGUAGUCUUGGAUAACGGGACGGGCUGUUUGAAGGCGGGUUUCGCGGGCGAGUUUUUGCCGCGCCAUUGUCUGAACACCUGUGUGGGUCAGGUCCGGGAGCGGCAGCACCAGGGCUUGCUACUCUACGGCGAGGAUCUGCUGCUGUCCUCGAAUUACUUUUGCCUGCGGCCUUCGCAGGCGGCAGCGACGAUCUCGCCUCUCGUCUCGGAUGUCGAGAUGAUGCGCGAUUUGUGGGAAGUGCUUCUCACGCACAAACGCUACCUGAACUUCUCAGAGGCGUCCCUCGCAGACCAGGGCGUCAUCGUCACGGAGCCCUUCCUUGCCCCGCCUGCGGUGCGACAUGCGCUCAGCGAAGUCCUUUUUGAGGACUUCCGCUUCAGCCAAGUCCUCUUCCUCCCUGCGCAGCAGGCCGUCCCCUUCGCCUUCCUCAACGGGCCUCUCGAGGACGACGACGCCACCGAAGUCGGCGCCGACGGCCUCCCGGGUCUCGCGGGCUCGGUGGAGCCCAAGGCCUUCGCGCCCGACAGCGUGCGCCGGUACGGAGGCCUGCGAGCCCCCCCUCCGCCGGAGGGCGAGGGCGAGGGCGAGGGCGGCGACGUGCCCGACGCGGCGAAGGGGCGCAGCCGCAGGGGCGACAGAGAGGAAGAGAAGCGUCGCCGCAGCGCGCCUGCGUCGCUGGAGGCCUCGCAAGAGGCGCUUGUCUUCAGGGGCAAGCUCUGCGGGCUGGUCGUGGACGUCGGCUUCAGCGGCUCUAUGGUAGUCCCCUACAUGGAUCUCCAGCCCGUCGAGCGCGCCGCGCUGCGGAGCUCCGUCGGCGGCAGUCUGCUCACCACGGUUUUGAAGAACCUCUGCGGGUUCCGCUCGCUCAACCUCGAGAGAAACGAACUCCUCGUUCAGCGAAUGAAGGAGGCGUGCUGCUUCGUCUCGCAAGACUUCGACAAGCAGCUCAGCCGCGCGCAAAGCGAGGCACAGGCUGCCGGCGGACCGACCUGCGUGGAGAGCGCCCACCUCUUCAAGGAGUUCUUUUUGCCCGAGUACGGCUCGGGAGCGACGCGGGCGUCCAUUCUCUCCUUCUUCAACUCUCCCGCCACUCCGCCAAACGCGCCUUCUGCCGGCGCGCCUCACGCUCGCGAGCCUGUAGCUGCUUCUCUGCCGGCCGCUGAUGCGGCCCUCAACUCUGAAGAGCGACAGAGCGUGCGCCUCUGCACAGAGCGAAUCUCAGUGCCUGAAGUCCUUUUCCAUCCCCAGGACGUGGGGAGCGCCGAGUGCGGCCUCGUGGAGCUCAUUCAGCGUUCCAUCGCGUUGCUGCCGCGGGAACUCCAGCCCUUUGCAGGCGACGAGAUUCUGCUCGUCGGGGGCUCUUCGCAGUUCCCCGGCCUUCGCCAGAGACUCUGGCGCGAGCUCCGCGCCGCGCUGCCUCAGCAUUGGCCUGUGAACAUCUACACGGAGGCGGAGCCGCAAUUUUCUGUCUGGCGCGGCGCCAGCUGCUCCUACGCUGACCGCGCGCUCUUCGACUACAACGCGGUCACCCGCCAGCAGUUCGAAGAAGUCGGCACACACCGAAGCCAGGGGGGCGCGCAGAACGCGGACUACGCAGCCUUCUACUGA